AUGCUCUCUUUCCAAACACAGCCAGGUGAGUCAUGGUGGCUCUGCAACUGCACUAAGGCAAUAUGCAUAGAAGAUGAUAUAAUCCAGGUGGUUCCCAUAAUCUGUAAUCCACCUCCUAAACCUACAUGUGCCAAUGGGCUUUCUCCUGUGCAAGUCAUUGAUGAGGAUGGAUGCUGUUGGCACUGGGAAUGUGAUUGUUACUGCACUGGCUGGGGAGACCCACAUUACAUGACUUUUGAUGGACUCUACUACAGCUAUCAAGGGAAUUGUACAUACAUCCUUGUGGAAGAGAUUGAUAAGAAAGUUGACAACUUUGGUGUCUACAUUGAUAACUACCAUUGUGAUGCACGGGAUGUAGUCUCCUGUCCUCGAAUGCUGAUUGUGAGACAUGAGACUCAAGAAGUGCGCAUAGCAACAGUCAAACAAAAUACUCUACAAGUAGAGGUGACAGUAAACAAACAGGCAGUGGCUUUGCCUUAUAAAAAAUUUGGUGUCAGCAUCUAUGAGUCAGGCAUAAAUCGUGUAGUGGAAAUUCCUGAACUAAAAAUGAAUGUGACCUACAAUGGCUUGUCCUUUUCUAUUAGGAUGCCCUACAGCCUGUUUGGCAACAACACUUAUGGACAGUGUGGUACUUGCAAUAACAACCCGGCAGAUGACUGCAUGUUGCCAAAUGGAAACAUUGCAGAAAAUUGUGAAAUUAUGGCAGAUCAUUGGCAAGUUGUUGAUCCCUCCAAACCACAAUGCACUCCAGGCCUAAUUCCUACAAAAGCACCUAGCACAACUCCAACACAGCCUUGCACAGAAUCUUCCAUUUGCGAGCUUCUUUGGGGAAGUUAUGUUUCUAGUGUGUUCGAGCCAUGCCAUGGCCAUGUCUGGCCUGAAAAGUACUAUUCAGCCUGUGUUUUUGAUAGUUGUGUACUUCCCAACUUAGACCUGGAAUGCUCAAGUCUGCAGAUCUAUGCUGCCACCUGUGCUGAUCAAAGUGUAUGCAUUGACUGGAGAAGUCAUACCAAUGGUGUUUGCUCUUAUACAUGCCCCUCAGAUAAAGAAUACAGAGCAUGUGGUCCUAUUAAAGAGAUAACCUGCAAAUCAAGCCAGCAAAAUGAAACUUCUACAAAACAAGUGGAAGGCUGUUUCUGUCCUAAUGGAACAAUGCUGUAUGACUCUGGUGUGGAUGUCUGUGUAAAAACAUGUGGCUGUGUUGGAGUGGAUAAGAUACCAAGAGAGAAUGCGAUACAAGCUUGUGCACAACAAACGCCCCCAGGUGUUCACUGGGAUUUGAAGUUCAUUCUCACAUUCCCAGGGGUCAAUGCUGUCCUCUGUACCAGUGUGCCUAAUUCCUCAGUCUUUGUUGAUAAGUGUCAGAAUUGUUUUUGCACUGACGAAGUUAACAUCAGCACUCAACUGAAUAUCAUCUCAUGUGAACAAAUUCCAUGCAACACAUAUUGUGAACCGGGAUAUGAACGCCAACCAGUGGAAGGUGAAUGUUGUGGAAGAUGUGUGCAGACUAAGUGUAUUAUGCAAACAGCAAACAAUUCUGACCUCAUCUUGAGUCCUGGAGAGUUUAAAAAUGAUCCUAACAACAACUGCACCAUUUAUAGCUGUGUAAAUAUCCAGAACCAUCUUCUCUCUUCCAAAUCUGAGAUAACCUGCCCAGCAUUCAAUGAGGACAGCUGCAAACCCGGAACUAUUGCAUUCUUACCUAAUGGUUGUUGCAAAACCUGUGUACCCCUGGAUAGCCCUACACCGUGUUCUGUCCGUCAAAGAGAAGACUUUAUCUUCUAUAAGGGCUGUCGUUCUGUGGACAGAGUUGUCAUGACUGAAUGUGAAGGAACAUGUGGAACUUCCUCACUAUACUCUGCUGAGGCCAAUUCUCUGGACCACAGCUGUUCCUGCUGCAGGGAAUCAAGGACUACUAUGAAGGAAGUGAAACUGAACUGUCCCACUGGGCAUUCAAUUUCACAUAAGUAUGUAUAUGUGGAAGGCUGCAGCUGUCAAGACACUGAAUGCAGCAGGUCACAGUCCAGUGAACUGCAGGACACAGAAGAAAAUGACGAGGGAAGCACUCUAGAUCGUAUCAAGAGGGCCAUCAGCUUAACUUCAAAAUGA